GUAAAAUUAAAUAUGAAUAAUAAUCAACAAAACCCUAAUUGGAAUCCCAAUAAUCAGGAAGGGCAAAAGGCUAAUAUGCCUUCAGAAGGGAACUCUAACCCUCAAAUGAACAUGCAAAAUAUGCCAGGAGGCAACAUGCAAAUGAACCCAAACAUGAUGGCUUAUGCUAUGCCUAACUAUAUGAAUCAUAUGCCAAUGGGAGGGAUGUCUCAUAACCCAAAUAUGGGAGGUGUAAUGUACCCAAACGGAUCUGGAAUGAUGCCUCAAGAUGGCAACCAGAUGCAAAGCAACAACCCCAAUGAUCAGAACAAUCCAAAGGCUGAAGACAGCCAAAAUAACAAUCAAACACCCGCUGGAAAUGACGAAAAUAAUCAGAAUCCAACUCCAGAGCCCCAAGUCGAGAAGAGGGAUCAAAAUCCUGAAGGUGAAGUAGCUCCUGGAGGAGAAGGUAAAGCUCUUGAUGAAAAUGCAGUCACUCAAGGAGCCAUUCAGGAGAACUCUCAACCAGCUGAUCAGAGACCUAAUAUCCAGUCUCAACAGAAUAUGGGUGAGAUCUCAAAGGAAAACAGAGAAGAAGGAGAUGAGGGUGAAGAUGGAAAAUACAAUUUAAGAAAAAGAUCCAGAAAAGAACUUCCCGCAUACUAUUGUGAGCUAUCAGAUGAUGAAAACAAGGCUAAUGGAAACCGUAAAAGGCCAAAGAAGGGAGAAGAAGACUAUGAUCCAAAUCAAGAUGAAGAGAAUGAUAAUAGACAGGGAAAACAACAAAACAAUCAAGAUAUGGGCAAUAAUCCCGGGGGAAAUUUUGGAAUGCAGAAUCAGAUGAAUCCUGCAAUGAUGCAUCAAAUGAUGAUGCAGCAGAUGUCAGGUAAUCCCGGAAUGGGAAUGCCUAAUGUGAAUGAUGUUAGUGCAAAUCUAAACAACAUGAAUAACAUGAUGGCAUCACAGUAUCCUCAGAACCCAAUGGGUCAGCAAAAUUUCCCUAAUUCAGGACAAAAUAACACCCAAGUCCAAGAGAAAUCAGGAGGAUGUAACGGAGCUAAAGAAGGACCAGGAGGUAUUUGCACUCACUGCAAUAAGCCUAAACCCCCUCCAGAAUUAUUAGCCCAAAUCCUUAGUUUGCAGAAUAAUAGGACCGCACAGAUGAUGCAAGGCAUAAACGACCCCUCCUCAUAUAUGGCAGGAGGUGGAUCAGUGGUGCCAGGAAUGGGAGGAAAUGGAUUUAAUGGUGGUUCCGCAAAUCCAACUCCAGGAGGAGCAGCUCAAAAUAUGAGUGGAGGCAAUAACUAUGAUACAAGCAACGCAAAUCAGUAUACAAUGCAAUCUACAGGAAAUGCAGGGCAAGCUAACUCAGCCCAACAAGAUCCUUCUAAGAUGCAGAAUAAUUCAAUGAACCAGCCAGGAUACAACAUGAUGGAAGGAAGAAAUGGAGGAAAUUCUAUGCCAGCUGGAGGAUCAGGUCAAAACUUUGACCCAAAUAAUUUCCCAGGCAGUAAUCAAAUGGGUAUGAAUCCAAUGAUGGGAGGCUUCCAAAAUAUGAAUCAGUUCCCACCAGGAGCUGGAGGAAACGGGAUGAAUAACAUGGGAUUCCCAUCCAAUUACUCAAUGAAUAGUACAGGAACAAACCAGAAUUCCCAAGGAAAUAAUCAGAACCUAACACCAGAGCAGAUGCAACAGAUGAUGCAAAGACAAAUGAUGCAAGGAGGAGGCCAGUGGAUGAACAAUAUGAAUCCCGGAGGAAACUAA